UAUCUGCCUUUCUGUGUCAUACCUGGAUUAGAUAACGAUUAUCUUCAGGUGUUUACAUUUACAGUUCAGUUAUAACUUCAUUUUACACAUCUUUAAUCAUUUUGUUCUGAAACAGCCCAGGAAAACUUCAGGUUAAACUUUUAAAGCUAAUGUCAGUUUUCAUGUAAGCAUUUUGUAGGCGUGAGACACACCAAGCGUGAGUUAAAACCUAAAGAUAUUUAUUCUUGGAAGUUAACCAGUGGAUCUCUUUUUAUUGACAUUUUUCGGAUAGUAUAAAAUACUUAUGUGUAUGUGAAUCGGACAGUAAAUUACACGGACAAGACGUGGGUUGAACUAUAUUCGUAGGCAGAUUGAGAUUUUAUAGUUGAAUGGUUUUGGGGUGAUUCAUCGUCGUGUACAAUUUGUUUAUAACACAGCCCAUUGAUAUUUUCCACCAUGAAGCAGACAUCACUGUGGUGUUCGAAGUGUGACAAGUGUCUGUCCAACUGGUACUUUGAGAGGAAUGGCCGACUGUACUGUAAACAGGAUUACUGGACACUGUUUGGAGAUGCCUGUAACAAGUGUACAGAGACGAUCACCGGCCCUGUCAUGGUGGCGGGAGAGCACAAAUACCACCCAGAAUGUUUUGUAUGUUUUAACUGCGGGAGUUUUAUAGGAGACGGGGAGACUUAUGCCCUGGUGGAGAGAUCCAAGUUGUUUUGUGGGAAAUGCUACAAGGCCGUGAUGUCUCCUCUAGGCGAAAGCCCGGGGAGGAGGAAGACCCAUUGUAUACAGUUAGUAGAGAUUCCGCCUACCCCAGAGGUGGACAGUCAUGGCCUACAGUACUCAGUGGAGAACCGCAUGUCCAGUCUCAGUCCUCGGGCCAGGGAGAGUUUGUCUAUAUCACCCAUGAUAAAAAUCACAGAUUUGGACCAGAGCCCGGAGUUGGAGUCCCUACAGAUUGGUGAUCGGAUCCUGGAAGUUAAUGGUCUCAGUGUCCGGGACAGUUCCAUGGAGGAGAUCGACACAGUUCUGCAGCAUACUAAAGAUGUUCUCCACCUGACUGUGGAGAGAGACCCCUCCCCUGUGACACGACGACCUUCUGACUCCAAAUGUUCCAUCUCCGACAGCUCUUCCCCCUCCCCAACAUCUCCUGCCUCCCCACAAUUUAUCAAUAUAAACGGAGUCAACGUCCAGCGACGCCAAAAGUCACGUCUUCAUGCCAAAAAUUUAAGUCCUUCCCGUCGCCGGAGUAAGUCACCAUCCCCUAUCCCUCCGAGUCGUCAAAAAAGUGUUGAUUUGUCGCGUGCUAGCUCCCUACGACAACAGCCUCAGACCCACCGUGUGUUCCGUGCAUCUGAUCUCAUUCAUGGUGAAGUGCUUGGCAAGGGCUUCUUUGGUCAGGCUGUCAAGGUCACCCACAAGGUCACUGGUGAAGUUAUGGUGCUAAAGGAAAUGUGUCGCUUUGACGAGGAGACACAGAAAAGCUUCCUAAAAGAGGUAUCGGUGCUGAGAAGUCUGGACCAUCCAAAUGUUCUCCAGUUCUUAGGCGUGCUGUACAAGGAGAAAAAACUCAACCUCAUCACAGAGUUUAUGGCUGGUGGAACACUGAAGGAAUUACUACAGGAUAUGUCUAAACCCCUUCCCUGGACAAGGCGUAUCAACAUCACAAAAGACAUCUCAAAUGGCAUGGCUUACCUUCACAAGAUGGAUAUCAUCCACAGGGACCUCAACUCCAACAACUGUUUUGUCAAACAGGAUUUGACCAUAGUAGUGGCUGACUUCGGGUUAGCUAGAGUUCUUCCAGACGAGAGAUUCCGUCGACCAGACAUGAAUGCCACAAAGACCACACGAAGUGCGGCAAAGAGACGUUUCCAGAGGAAGAAGAGGUACACAGUGGUGGGGAGUCCAUACUGGAUGGCCCCGGAGAUGAUGACCGGCAAAUCAUACGAUGAGAAGGUGGAUUUGUUUUCCUUUGGAAUUGUCAUGUGUGAGGUGAUCGGCCGAGUGUUUGCUGAUCCUGACUAUCUACCUAGGACUCUAGACUUUGGUUUGAAUGCUGAAGCUUUCUAUGAGAAAUUCUGUACCGAUAAAUCUUUCCCUGGGGCCUUCUUCAAAGUGGCCAUCAUGUGUUGUCAAAUGACACCAGAUAACAGACCGAGCUUUGAGAUGGUGACAAUGUGGUUUGAUAGCCUGUUAUUCCACAUUGAACAUCGCGGAGCCCUUCCUGUAGAUCUGAAGGGAGAUCCCAUACAGUAUUAUUUCUCUCUAAAAGACACACUUCAUCCAAAAAAACCAGACAAACAAACAUCCUCUUGUCCAGACUCGGCUAAGCCUCGUAGUCGGCGGUCAAGUCUCCACAUCAUAAAGGAAAAAACAGUAGACAAAGAACUGACCAAUGUCACUCCAGAUACAAGUGACAUCUGUGUGAAGUGUGAGGAUCAGGGGGAAAAAGAUAUGUGUAUAAAAUGUCAGGACAAUCAGCAGGAUUGUGUCAAAGAUGAUGUUGAUAAACCAACAAAUUCCUGUGGAAAGUGUCAAGAGAUAUGGAAAUCUCAGGCUAUAGGGGAUAGUUGUGAAAAUUGUCCGUCUUUGAAACAUGAGAUUUGUGCUGAAAAGGACGCUCAAAAAUGUAUGCUGACUGAAAAUAUUUGUGACUCAGGUUUAGGGAAUGAAGCAAGAAAAGACGAGUCUCCAACAAAUAAUAUCCUCUCAGUUCAUAGUUCACAAGUCACAAACAAUACAAUGGGUGAGAGUUCAGAGCCUAGUCCUGCACCUUUAGACUCAAAUUUGAAUGGUGUUUGUCUUACAUCACCUUGUGAAAAGGGAAAUAAGUCAGUCUUGUCAGAUACCGAAAUGUCAUUUGGUGCUCCGAGUAAUCACAGUCAAAUUACAACACCUGAUGAACCUCACUGUAAAAAACCGGCCGAUGAUUUUGUCACAAAUAAUAAUUCUUUGGAUAUUGAUUCUGCCCUGCUAAAAAAUGACACACUUGAUUCUUCUGUCAGUAAUUCCACAAUGGAUGACUCUGACAUGUAUCUACAGAGAGUGAACCGUUCUCCAUCUUUUGUCAGUACAUGUACUAUAACACUAACCAUCCCCCAUCAAGAGGUACUGACUGACAGUACAACCUCGCAAGGAGAGGCUGACGAACAAGAAGUCAUGCACAAGGACAGGAGAUCUUCCAGCCCCUCUGACAUUGUGUCUGACUCAUGUACAACUUCUCAACAAACGCCACAUUGUGAUCAAGAUUCAUUUUCAUCAACAAAAAGUGAGAUGCAUAAUUGUGACACUGAAUCACCCUCAGAGUCCUCAUCUCGCAGAAAUUUAUUCUCAUCACCUGACAAUUCCAGCAACCACAAAGACUAUUCCAGUUUGUUGCCACACAGCUGUUCGUCAUCUGAUGAUCGAACAGCCUCAUUUUCAUUAGGUGUCUACCCCAUUGACUCCGACGCUAGUAGCAGUAUUUAUGAGAGUGUACAAGCAGAUGAUAGUCUAUCUGAUGACAGCUUGUUAGAUUUCACAUCUGCAGUGUAACCAUUUUUAAAAUUCUAGCUGUUUUCUUUACGCUGUCAUAGAUCGUAUGUGCACAUAUUUACUAAAUAAAUAAUUAAUGAAAAUCUUUUAAAUCAUUGAAAUAAUUGCAGUAGCCUCCCCUUAAUCAGUUUUUGAUAAUGGUGCAAAAAUAUCUAACCCAUAUUUUGCCUAAAGUAUAAGGAAUGACAAGCUGUUAAAUAAUAGUACAUAUAUAGAAUUUACUUUUUCUGGAGAUAUGAUAUGGUAAAAGUCUUAGAUGAUAAGACAUUGCUUCUAUAUUCGAUAAUAUUUACUAUACAUUUAUUGAAUGUAAACUGUAUAUAAAAUGUUGCUAAGAUUUCUUGGAGUUGUCACAAUAUUACACUGAGUGAGAGAAAUUGAGAAUUUUUAUGUUGUAGAUAUAGAGGACUCGUAUGUAAAAAGGAAGAAAUUCUAGAAAGGAAAUGACCAGAACUACGUUGUAGUAAACUUAUUGUAAAAUAUGGAUGGAAUAAAUGUGAUAUUUUGAUUGCUUUAGAAAGACUAUGAUUGUUGAUGUGUAAAUAUGAUGGACCAAUGAAGCUGCCUGUGAUUUUUGUUCAUUCCGCAUAAUGUCAAGGCCAUAACCUUUUCAUGACAAUUAUUAUACGAGUCUCAAUGUUACAUACUUUAUAUACAUGCAAUAUUUAAUUGGAACAGGUUUUUUAUCACAUUUACAUGUAUUUCAUCUCCUUUUAUUGGAUGCUUUUGUUCAUACGUUGUUCCAAAUGCAUCGAGCUAUUUGCUUUCUUGUUAGCGUAUUUCCUAUUUGGAUCAUAUAUUCCAUGUGCCUUGGUCUGCAGCUAAUUUGAUUAUGGAGGAAGGGAGAUAACUAGCUUCAUGGAUAUUCUGGAGGAAGGGAGAUAACUAGCUUCAUGGAUAUUCUGGAGGAAGGGAGAUAGCUAGCUUCAUGGAGAAUAUCGCAUGAUUUAUAUUCGGAUUGCAUAUCUAUAACUAUUUUCUAUUCAUCCUGUGAAGUUUGUCUGUAGUUUUGUUUUUCCAAGUGUACAUUUGUAUUCACUUAAUAUUUUUUUUUUCAUGAAAAAUAUAAAUAACUACAUUUAGAUUUUUAGUUUUAAAUGAAUAAAUAUCAAUUAUAGCUUUUUGAAUUACUUUUUAUCUUAGCUUUGAUACAUCAUUCCAAUGCAUAAGUAAUUCUUUUUCAAAAUUAAGUGGGUAAUGUUGCAUAAUGCUUUUUUUAAUGAUUAUCAAGUUUCCUUCUCAGUACAUUUCCACAAUACCCUCACCUCAUUCACCAUGGCUGAAUGCCAAACUACAAUAUCCUGAGGUUACACUUUUGUAUUACAAAUUUAUCACAAUAGUAUUACAUGUGGUGACAGGUACCAAUUACCCUUCACUGUCAAUACACAGGGACCAUUUGUUACAGUUUGUACCUUUAUAAGUUUUAAACAAAAACCUGAUGUGUUCAAAUAGCCAAUAUAUUUUAAAGGAGGGAGAUGGAGAGAGUAUGUUAAUGAAUAAGUCUGUGUUCAGAGAGAUUCGGUAAUGACAGCAUUAUCUGGCAUUUACUUGAGAUGAUUGUUAAGAAUUGUAAACAAAUUAAGAAAUUUCUGUAUGUUUCUAGUGUAGAUAAUUGCGAAAGGACAAGCUCAACAUUUAUAGGGAUAUUCCUCAGAAGUUAUGAUUUCAUAAAAUGCUUUUAUAAAAAUUGCUUAAAGCAUCUGUCCAAUAUAUUCUAGACUUAUAUAUAGUACACCUGAUUUAUAUAACUUAGACAAUACUUUUAAAAGUUAUAUUUAAAAGAGUACAAAACAGCCAGAAUUUUUUUUUAUUUUGUGGAAUAUACCUUCAAAUCUUCUGAGAGUAAUCUUUUUGUUUUGUGGAAAGUUGCUUAAGCUUUGUUAUUUUGUAAUAAAUGUACAUUAGUUUGGAGUUUGGAGAUGACCUUGGAUCUAUGUGAGGUUACAGUUAACAAAACAAUACAAAUGUAACAUUUUCUUUGUCUUUACUGAUAGUUUAAGAUGGGCCACUAUUAUUGUUGGUGUCUCAUGAGACACUCUUCGCCCUUAAUGCAUUCAGGUUAUUCCGACUUUCCUGUAAAUUGAUAAGCACAUUUUGCUUUGAGCUCAUUGAAUGAGUUUUUCUGUUUAAAGUGACUUAACUGUAGAUUUCAUACACAUUAAAUGGUGAUUUCUUGUUAUAAAUAGUUAAAUGGGUUCAAGAUAUAACAAUAGAUGAGCCUAUGCCAUAAUGAACCUGUAAAUAUCCUUUUACAGGGUUUAAAACACUGUUUACCUUCCGAGUUGGUGGAUGAUUGUAACUGGAGUAAUGUGGGUUUGACUGAAGACUGCUUACGAGCGGUAAGAUAACGCAUUCUUGUAGGACCUACAAAAUUGUAACAUUAGUAACAGUUAUAGUUUUUCACUGGUUUAAGUUUUUACAACAAACAGUGGCGGCCACUAAGAAAUUUUGUAACAUCUUGUUGCUCAUCUUAUGAUAUAUUUUUGAAAAAUAUUACGUCUGAUAAUACUUUCCAAUAAUGAUUUUUACAGUAAUAGUCACUGUGUUGUUAUGUCUGUUGUUGGUGUAACAUACAUAUGUUAGGUAUAUACAUGUAUACAGGACCUAUACAGCCCUUGUCAUGUUGAUACAUUGACAGGUUAGUAUCCGAUGUAUAGUUAUCUUGUUCAGGUACAGUUACAUAUAAACUCGGUGUAGUUAGCCACAGUCACAAGCUUUGUAAAACCAGGAAGUAUGGGCAGGAUUAGUCAAUCCGGAUACAUGGUGCUUCUCAAUAAAACUCAAAUCAUACAUGUAACUUCACAUGUACAUCAGAA